CUUCAAAACCCACUUUCAACACACUUCCUGAUGCCUCUCAGCCGUAGCAUCAGCUAAACACACACGAAGACAGAGCCCUUCCGCUCGUCCAUCACAGCCGCCUUCCCUUCUCUCCCCACCCUCGCUAUGAUGGACCAAGCAAAUGACACUUUGGACCACUCGAUGUUCAUGCGGAGCGAGCUGCUCAACGUGCUUAGCGACGUCAAAACCAAAGUCCAGGACAAACUCGGUCAGCAACUGAACGAGCACCACCGUGACGGCGGGCGGCCCCAUGGAUUGUGUCUGUUCGUUUGGAUGAUACACGCUGCAGGUAUUGUUGAUUUUCCCAUCCCUCAGUUCAUCAUCAUUGGCAAGCAGUCGGUGGGCAAGUCGAGACUCAUUGAGGCGCUGGCCGGCGAACAGUUCACUUUCGUCUCGGGCACAUUGGGUCUUUCCACGCAAGAGUUUAUGGCCGGAGGAUUGAUCAACAUGUCCGUGUGUUGUGUGUCCAGGCUCCCGGCGGCCCACCAUUAUCGAGUUCCGCAACGUCAUCGCCAACAGGACGUCCAAAUGGCAGGUGGGUUGCAUACAUACACGACAGGAGCAUGGCUGCAGAGCAGGUCUGUGUGUAUGUGUGAGGAGCUGUCUACAGGUGAUGGACAAGAAGACCAACAAGUGGGAGGAGAUGCCCGUCAAGAAAGUCAUGAGCCUCCUCUCAGAAGCGCACGAGUCUCUCGGUAUCUAGCACGCACGCACCAUUCUCGGAGCAUUUGUCCGCACGGUUUGUGCCUGUGUGUACCUGAAGGUGCGUCUGUGACGGCCGAGCCCGUCUACGUGCGCAUCGAGUCGGCACACUGUGUCGACAUGCAGGUCGUCGAUCUGCCAGGCUUUCGCGAAUUCGCCAUCGACAAGGGCAAAGAGGACCUCGCGAGGCAGAUUGAUACACUCGUAUACACAGACAGCAACACGCACUAGUGGAUGGAAGGAAUGCACAGCCGUCCAUGACUUGGGCAUGUCCGCUUGCAGAACAUGAGUUUCAUGAGCGAUUCCCGAAACGUGAUGGUCUGUGUCGAGGAGGCAGGUACACACAUAGAUAGACACGGAGACAUGAAGGAAAGAUCCGUCUAUCUCUCUAUGUGCAGGCGACGCUGCCAAUAUGUCUACCCUUGCCCGGUGUAAGACCAUCGACCCGAGAUUCCAAAGGACGGUGCUGGUGCGGAAUAAGCUGGAUAAGUAUUACCGGGAUCUCACCAACGAGAACGUCAACGCUUGGCUGGUCGGUCCGUCGCUGCACACACACACACACACAUACGCCAUCCAUGAAGCAUACCUCAAUGUCCGGGUGGCUGUAGGACGGCUAUGGCGACCUGCCGGUUGACCUGAUGAAAUUCUGCCUCACAUUACCACACUGGAACGAAAAAGAGGCAAGCAAGCAUUUUCCCCCGUGCGCGCACCUGUCUCUCUAUAUCAUGUGGAUUUGCCGUCAUGUCUCGUUCAUGCAGCCGGCCCCCGCGCCCUUUGUCGAGCUGCGCCAACGCAUGGACGCACAGGACGUGCUCGAACUCAAGACCAGGGGGGCCUCAGAAAAGUCCGUCAGCGACACGCACCGUGAAUGUGUUUAUGUAUGGCUGCAUGCGUCGAUCAAUGCGGUGGGUGUGCAGGUACAUGAACACAAUUGGCUUCAGGAACUUUUCGUGCUACAUGGAACAAAGGAUAGAAAGGAUGUUCGUCGACGCCAUCGGACCGGUGAUUCGAAAGACAUACACAGAUGCGCGUGUGUCUCGAUGGAGACAAAUGAGUACUUCUCUCUUUCCCCCUUUACGUGUGUGCAGGUGGUGAAGAAGCUGCGAGAAUUGAAGGAACAGGAGGCGGAACAAGUGGCCUUUCUCAAAGACGAGCUCAAAGACACCAGUACACACAUCAUUGUGGCAUCAGUGGUGCACGUGCGAAACGCAUUUGGGGCCUUUGUAUUGCUGCGUGCGUGUUGUGUGCCUGUGUGUAGACCCCGAGACGAUCGUGACGACAAUGCGGGAUUGUGGCAUGUCGUUUGCGCAUGCACUCAACCACGUCAUGGAGGGAUACGUCAACUCCAACGUACACACCCAUUUGCACACACCCCUUGGGCGGAGUAUCAUUGUGUGCUGUUUUCAGGUGGGCAGAGUGACUUUGGAGGAAGAGCUCAGGGACUUUCAUGGUACACACACAAAUAGACACAUAUUACCUUUGGACGGGCGUGUGCGUGCCCACGCGGACACUCCCUCACAGCAUUUUACAACGCGCAAGGCGUCGAUUGGCCGAUGCUGCCGUCAGAGGACUUUGCGGGACUCGGUCGGUACACACAAGCACCAGCUAUGCACAGAUAUGCAUGCGUGAUCUGAAUGCAUGUGUCCGUCUCCUGUCUCCUUGCGUGUGGGGUGCAGAUGACUACAUCGAGUACUUGAAGAGUGACCUGCAGAUCGCUGCCUUCGACAUAGAGGUCAAUGGCGGCGCGCAGUUCAGGCGACUCAUGUACGAGACAGAGGUACGUAACGUGCGCAUAGCAUACAAUACAUGCACAUGUGUCUCUCUGUGUAUGUGAUGUGCAUGCAGGUGUUCCUGCGCUUUGCCGAGAUCGGGGUGCAAACCUCCAAGCGUGAUGUGGUGCAGGCGAGAGGUCCGUCUCGUCGGCAAACAGACAGAAAGGAACAACUUAGGCAUGCGCUCGUGUGCAUGGUUGUGUAUCCACGCAGGUGUGUCGAUGGGCCAGGUGUCAUGGCGAGACGUCAUCGUGAAGCUGCUUUCCAACGAGGCACACCUGCCCAUGAAGCAGAGAGUCCAGUGAGACACACACACAAUGUGAUGUAUACACAUACAACACACGUGUCCAUGUUUCCCUGUGUGUGUGUGUACGUGUGUGUGCAGGUAUGUGGCCCACAGAAUGCGGCGGUUUUUUGAGCUGCAAAAGGAUGUGGUCAUCGAUUUCAUGAGCGGGCUCAAGGUUGGCAUGGCACACACGAGUGCAAUAACGUACAUGCGCGGUGCGGAUGUCUCUCUCUGUGCAGGGGUCGGCUGACGAGCACAUGUAUUCGGCUCUGUACACAAAGCACGUCAAGCUCAUGAUGCACAAUGAGAUGAUCAAAGUGAGCCAGCUCAAAGGCGCGACGAGAACACGCGACAGAUCUGUACACAUGUGUGUCCUAUUGCGGGACAGAAUCUGGUUUUCUCGACAUUUGACACGGUGGUUGAGCGUCAGAUGCAUCAGUUCCUGGACCUUUUCUCCAACACAAUGACAUCCACAUUCAGGUAUGCACACCCAUCGAGACAGACAGGGACACAUAUGUAUUCAUUCAUUCUCUGCGUUCGGUCGUUCAGCAAUCCCUGGGUGUUCCUCAAGAAGAACAGCACCGUCCUGGAGGUGUGUGUGAAGGAGCAAGGACAUGCAUUCGUCGCAUCCGUUGCAUUGCAUUCGUGUGCCGAGUGUAGGACUCGGAUGGCUUUGAGGAGGCGUUGCCGAGUUUUGAGGACACCAAGGCGAGAAUACCAAUGGUACACAUGCAUUCAUGUCAUACGCCCGCCCGCCCGCCCCUGUCCAUCAACACACACACACGUCUGCGCGCAGGAGAUCGGUACACGCAGCGGGAUUGACAGCAUACUGGCGCGGUGGAUCGGCGACAUUCCUGUCGAGGCCACGCAGGCAAGAAUGAAUUGCGCAUUGCUUGUGGGUUCGUGUGCAUCGGUCCAUGAGUACAGAUGGACGAGGCCGUCGAGAAGGUGCAGUCGCUCGUCAACAAGGCAAGUAGACACACAUAAGCACACCAAGCGAGAUACGGUGACGGUAUGUCUCCCGCUGCCUCCUUGCAGACUUUUGCUUUCAUCAGGUCGCAGAUCAGCGACCAGGUCUGCAUGCUCGCAACACCCUCACACAAAAGAGCAUAGCUGGUCAGCGAUGUUGUGCGUAUGUGUGCAUGUGUGUGUGUCAUUGCAGGUAGAGUUGUUUGCUGAGUCGUUCUUCAAGCUGCCGCUGAUGAGGAAAAUGGAGGAAGACAUGAAGAGCAUCGAACUCAACGACGUACGCACCAGGAACACGCGCACACUGUUCGCAUAUCGAUGUGCGUGUCUCAGGUCGACAAGGAGACAUACGAGGUGCGUCGGCAGUUUUUGGAGCAGACGCUCAAGAGGCACCAGGACGGCCUCAACGGGGUGCAGGAGUGCCUCAACAAACUCACCGCUUUUUCUAUGUAUGUGUCCAAUGCAUGGCUGCCAUUCAUGUCUAUUCGCGCGUCUGUUUGUGACUGCAGGAAGUUCAAGAGCCGCUCGCCACACACAAUUGCCUUCACACACGACAGGAGGCAAUGAGUGUGAGUGUGUCCUCGUGCGUGUCUCUCCCGUCCGUGUGUUGUCCAUUCGCGUCUUGGCCUCUGUAUAUUUAUGAGACAUCGUUGUGUGUGUUCACUUAACGGAUUCAUGCG